AUGCCUGUUUUUUUCUUUUUGUUAGAUGCUUUUCGAGCUCUGAUCGUUCUGAGUCUCCUUUUGCCUCCAUUAAAUUAUUCAAGAAAAAGAGUACAAAGCAAAAAAAAUAAUGGCAGAAAGAAAUUGCAAAGUAAAAAAAGUACGCACAUUACGACGAGUGCCGAAGUACCAAAUCCAGAUUUAAUUAAAAUUUUGCCAGAAGGGACAAAUCUCCCUUAUACUAAAAAAAAUAUAAGAGCUGAGGCGAAGGGCAACAUACAACCAUGUAUUAUGCGCAUACAAGGUCAACACUUUCUUUGUCCAGGGCGUCGAGUGGUUUUUUAAUCUUCUGCAUCAAGCAACUUUGAUCGCAGCGUUUGAUUUUUUAUUUAAAUUAUAUCAAAUACUCCACGUUUCAUAUCCACCUUCGCUUUUACAGUUUUUUAAUUUUAUUGAAAGUUUUAUUUAUGAAAUUAAUGUU